GAUAGCCCUUCCCGUUGAGACCGACCGGCUGUUGAUAACAAGUUGAACCGACUUUUUUCGUUCUUCAAAAGUUCAAAGUUCUUUUGCAUAGAGUUGUUAUUUAUGAAUAUAGAUUAUCAAUAUUUUGCAUUGAGAACACAAAACAAACUAAGGAUUCUCUGACUGACGACAUUUUGAGUACAAUAAUAACAAAAUAAACAUGAUUAACAUUGCUGCCCAUACCCUGCGUAAUACACUCAACAAAAAGAUCACAGCCUUGCAACAAGUACGUCAUUUGAACUUAUUGGAGUUCCAGAGUAAAGAUCUCUUGCAAAAGUACAAUGUGGCCAUACAGCAAUUCAAGGUGUUGGAUAACUCAGGCAAAGAUGCUGAAGUUUUGAAGCAAUUUGAGUGUCCCGAAUAUGUUGUAAAGGCUCAAAUUUUAGCCGGUGGUCGUGGCAAGGGUACCUUCGAUAAUGGCUUCAAAGGUGGUGUACACAUAACCACAAAAAAAGAUGAAGUCCUCGAUUUGACCAAAAAGAUGAUUGGUAAUCGUUUGAUUACCAAACAAACACCAAAAUCUGGUAUUAUGGUCAAGAAAGUCAUGGUUGCACGCAGUGUGAAUAUUAUUCGUGAAACCUAUCUUUGCAUUUUACUGGAUCGUGAACACAAUGGACCCGUACUGAUUGCCUCACCUGCCGGCGGUGUUGACAUUGAGGCUGUGGCUGAAGAAACCCCAGAGAAAAUUCUUACAAUUCCUUUGAACAUUGACAAACCCAUACCUCAGGAAACUUUAGAAAAAGUUGCUAAAUUUUUGGAAUUCAAGGGAAAAUGCAUUGAAACAUGUGCUGAGGAGAUUCAAAAACUUUUUACCUUAUUUAAGGCUGUUGAUGCAGUACAAAUCGAAAUUAAUCCAUUAGCUGAGACUGACAAAGGUGAGGUCAUCUCUGUAGAUGCCAAACUGAACUUUGAUGAUAAUGCCCAGUAUAGACAGAAGGAAAUCUUUGCCAUGGACAUAAGUGAAGAGGAAUCUGAUCCAAGGGAAAUUGAGGCAGCCAAACAUAAUCUCAAUUAUGUUGCCAUGGAUGGUAAUAUUGGUUGCUUGGUAAAUGGAGCUGGUUUGGCCAUGGCCACCAUGGACAUUAUUAAGCUGAAUGGCGGUGAUCCAGCUAAUUUCCUUGAUGUUGGCGGUGGUGUCAAGGAAGAUCAAGUGUUGAAGGCAUUUGAAAUUUUGACCUCAGAUCCCAAAGUGAAAGGAAUUUUGGUAAAUGUUUUCGGUGGCAUUGUCAAUUGUGCAACAAUUGCCAAUGGUGUUGUGGCAGCUUCUAAGAAACUAAGUCUAAAUGUACCUUUAGUUGUGCGCCUUGAAGGCACCAAUGUCGAUGAAGCUCGUCAAAUUUUGAAAAAUUCUGGUUUAGCUAUACAAACGGCAACAGAUUUGGACGAUGCUGCCCAAAAAGCUGUUGCAGCUCUUAAUUAAAGAAUUCGUAAGGAAAUUAAGGAUUAGUUGUUAUCCCGUUUUCGAAGUGUUCAGAAGACAUAUUAAAAUAUAGAAAUUAUGGUUUGAACCAGACGUGCAUUUCCGUAUGUUAAAUUUUUUUCUUGUAGAAAAUUAAAGGAUCGCUAUAUUUUUCAAUUAAAAGCAAAAGUAGAAGUUUCAUAUUAGAUAUACAAUUUUUUGUUUGUUUUACACCCUUUACAUUUAUUUUGAAAAUAAAUUGAAAAUAUAUUUUAAGGUAA